AUGGAUAUUCGAUCGUUUUUAAUAAAAAAAAAAUCUGAUGAAGAUAAUGCAUCUGCUGUGCUUGAGCCACACACAUCGACAAGUGUUUCUGCUCAAAAUGACAGUAUUGCACAAAAAAGGAAUUUUAAAAUAGAAUGGCUCAAACAAUAUCGAUGGUUAGUUUAUUCUAGACAUUUAAAAGGCGGCUUAUGCAAACAUUGUGUUGUUUUUCGUCCUGUCGUUAAAAGAGGAUUAUUAGGAGCGUUCAUUGUAAGUGAAUUUACCAAGUAUAAAGAUUUUCAUUUUCACGCAAAAAAACAUAUGCAAUCUGAAUGGCAUAGGGAUUCGGUUUCUCAAUCAACAGAUUUUUUAAAAAUUAUGUCCAACAAAGAAAAAAGUGUUAUAGAUCAAUUAAAUACUGCUCAACACUCUCAAAUUGAACAAAAUAGAAAAAAGCUAGUCCCUAUUUUGUCAUCAAUAAUAUUUUGUGCGACACAUGAUCUAGCAAUUAGAGGCAAAUUGAGCUGUAGUGGAAAUUUUCAUGAUCUUUUAAAGUUUCGUGUUGAAUCUGGAGAUAGUGUUCUGUCUGAGCAUUUAUCAACAUGUCAUAGUAAAGCUAAAUAUACCUCACACCGCAUUCAAAAUGAAUUAAUUUUAUUAAGUGGAAAUGUAUUAUGUGAUCAAAUUGUUCGAGAAGUAAAUAGUAGCCUAAGUUUUUCACUGUUAGCCGACGAAACUUCCGAUAUUGCUGGCAUUGAACAACUUUCGAUUGGUGUUCGUUAUGUUGAUAGUUCAAAAACUAUAAGAGAGGAAUUUAUAGGAUUUAGUGCACUACAAACAUUAGAUGCAGUUGGUAUAGCUACUUCUAUAUUGACUUCUGUUGAAAAAUACGGUUUGGAUAUGAAUAAACUUGUUGGCUUGGGUUUUGACGGGUGUUCAGUAAUGGCUGGAAAAGAAAAUGGAGUUCAGAAAAUAAUUUGUGAUAAAUAUUCUAAAGCAACAUUUUUCCACUGUGCUUCGCAUAGACUCAAUCUCGUUGUAAAUGAUUUGAAUGCAGUGACAGAAAUACAAAAUACUGUAGGAGUAAUUAAAGAGGUUAUUAAUUUUUUUCGUGAAAGUGUACUUCGUCGAAAAUUGGCUACAAAUAUACCACUUUUGUGUGAUACUCGUUGGUCUGCGAAAUAUAAAUCUAUUCGCAUUUUUGCUGAAAACUUUAUUAAUAUUAAGUCAGUUUUAGAAAAACUAUCUCAUAAUAAUGACUCAGAUUUUAAAGUUAACACCACUACUCGCACAAAAGCACACCAACUAUCAUGUGCGACAUCAACAUCACAAUUUAUCAUAUCUUUAAAUAUUAUAUCCAAAUACUCAGCUCAAUUAGAACCAGUUACAAAUAAAUUGCAGGGAAAAUCUAUUGAUUUAUACUCUGUCCAAAAUCAUAUUCAAGAUUUAUUAACUAUAUUUAAUAAUAAUAGAGAACAAUCAGAUAUCGUUUUUAAUGAUAUUUUUAAUAAUUCCAUAUUUAUGGCAGAAAAAAUUGGCGCAGAAAUUAAAAUUCCACGUAUUACAUCCAAACAAAAAAAUAGAUCAAAUUACGAAACUGAUUCUGCUGAACACUAUUACAGACUUUCUAUUUUUAUUCCGUACUUAGAUUCACUAAUAUCAUCUCUUUCACGACGAUUUUCAAGUACAAAUAAAAUAGCAUUCUCAAUAAGUCUACUGCAUCCUACAAAUAUUAAAAAGUACACCAUUAAUGAUUUCAAAGAAAAAAUUAAGCUGAUUAGUGAUCAUUAUGAAAUUGAAAAUAUGAUAGAGGAAUCUAAUAUUUGGUAUCAGUAUUGGAUUGAUAAAAAUUUGAUUGACUCCCAGUGUGAUGAAAUUUCGUUUGUUGAUUUAUUGGCUCAUUGCGAAUAUUAUCCUGCUAUUUUUCAAAUACUUAAUAUUUUUAUAUCACUGCCUCCGACAACGUGCACGAUAGAAAGAUCGUUCAGUACAUUAAGACGAGUAAAAACGUGGCUUCGCUCGACUACAGGAGAAGAUCGUUUAAAUGGGUUGUGUGUGAAAAUCUACGACAUGAGUAUUGCAGACAUCCAGAAGGCCGCUGACCACAGGUUAAGAAUUUCUGCUGUCGAUCAUUUGUAA